CUCGCCGUAGUUGUCAGUGUUUGACUUGCGGCCGCUCGUCCGGACGAAUGAAAGAAGAUGUUGAUGUGACUCUGUCACGGCGACGCUAAGAAAAUGUCUCUAAAUGGAGAAGGGAGCAGAGGAUUUUACUUCAACACCGUCCUGUCCUUGGCUCGGUCUCUGGCAGCUCAUCGACAACCUCCCAUAGACAAGGUGCAGAAGCUACAAUGCAUGUGUCCCGUGGACUUCAGAGGCGUCUUCCAGCUGGACGAGAGGAGGAGGGACGCGGUGAUCGCACUUGGCAUCUUCCUGGUGGAGUCAGAUCUGCAGCACAAAGAUGCCAUCGUCCCGUAUCUGCUCGGGCUCCUCAAAGGGCUUCCUAAAGUUCAGUGGAUUGAAGAAAGCUCGGAGCGCAAAGGAAGAGACACGCUUCCUGUUGCAGAGAACUUCAGCUUCUCUCUUGUCACGCUGCUCUCAGACGUGGCCCAGAGGGACGAGACCCUGCGAGGGCAGAUCCUGGAGGCCAUCAUGGACAUCAUGCAGGUCCUGCAGGACAUCUGCAAAAACCCAGAGGAUCACGAUAAAGACUACCUGUGCAGGUACACUGUCCCCGCCCUCCUCGGCGUCGCCAGAGCUUUCGGCCGAUACAGCAACACGGACGAGCCUCUGCUGUCGAAGCUGUUCCCUCGCCCCGCGGCCCCCGUCCUGUCCACCAACGAAGACCUGGACGCCGCCCGCCGACGCUCCUUCAACGACUUCCGCUCCAUCCUGCCGAGCUCCUUGCUCACGGUGUGUCAGGGAGACACUCUGAGGCGUAAAUGCUCCUCCACGUCCAGCGUGUCGCAGCAGGCCAGUCCAGAGAGAGCGGGUCUGACUCCCAGCUCCCCGGCCGAUCCCUGCGCUCAGUACUUUGAAGGCUCAUAUCUCCCUGACGGCAGCGCAGUCGACCCCGACUAUUACUUCUCCACCAUCAGCUCCAGCUUCUCCGUCUCCCCCCUUUUCACCGGGAGCAGCUCUGGAGAGUUCCUCGUCCCUCUGGAUACGCUCCGUCAGCUCCUCAACAUGGUUGAACAGUUUGUGUCCGAGUCCUUUUUGAAAACACUGGACGACACUUUGGCCGAAUUUCUACAGGUCAAUCCUGGUCUUCAUCUCCACUAUAAAACCUUCAGCGACCCUCUGUACGUGGCCAUAUUUAAAAUGCUCAGAGACACCUUGUACAAUCUGAAAGACCUUCAGACGGACUACGUGAAGGAGGUCCAUGACUUCGUGCUGGAGCAGUUCAGCAGCAGCCAGUCUGAGCUGCAGAGGAUCCUCCACGACGUCGAGUACCUGCAGAGUGAGCUGAGUCCUCUGAAGCUUCGCUGCCAGGCCAACGCCGCCUGUGUGGACCUGAUGGUCUGGGCCGUGACCGAGGAGCAGGGAGCUGAGAACCUCUGCACCAAGCUCUCAGAGAAGCUUCAGUCGAAGACGUCCAGUAAAGUCAUCAUCGCUCACAUGCCGCUCCUCAUCUGCUGCCUCCAGGGUUUGGGUCGUCUGUGUGAACGCUUCCCUGUGGUGGCCCACUCCGUCACCAUGUCGCUCAGAGACUUCCUGGUGGUUCCGUCUCCGGUUCUGGUCAAGUUGUAUAAGUAUCACAGCCAGAGUGUCUCAGGGGGCGGAGAGAUAAAGAUCCAUGUGACCAACGAACACUCUCAGUCCACACUCAGCAGCCACUCCAGCAAGAAGACUCAGCCCUCGAUGUACGAGCAGCUCCGGGACAUUUCCAUCGACAACAUCUGCAGGUGCCUGAAAGCUGGACUGACGAUGGACAACGUCAUAGUGGAAGCUUUUCUUGCCAGCUUGUCUAACCGUCUCUACAUCUAUCAGGAAAACGACAAGGACGCUCACCUGAUCCCCGACCACACCAUCAGGGCUCUGGGCCACAUCGCUGUGGCUCUGCGCGACACUCCCAGAGUCAUGGAGCCCAUCCUGCAGAUCCUCCAGCAGAAGUUCUGUCAGCCUCCGUCCCAGCUCGACGUCCUCAUCAUAGACCAGCUCGGCUGCAUGGUCAUCACGGGCAAUCAAUACAUCUACCAGGAGGUUUGGAAUUUGUUCCAGCAAAUCAGUGUCAAGGCGAGCUCCAUGGUUUACUCCACCAAAGACUACAAGGACCACGGAUACAGACACUGUUCGCUGGCUGUGAUCAACGCUCUGGGUAACAUAGCGGCGAACCUUCAGGCUGAGCACAUGGUCGAUGAGCUGCUGGUGAACCUGCUGGAGCUUUUUGUUCAGCUGGGUUUGGAGGGGAAGAGAGCGAGCGAGAGGGCUUCAGACAAAGGACCAGCUCUGAAGGCGUCGAGCAGCGCUGGAAACCUCGGCGUCUUAAUCCCUGUUAUUGCAGUGCUCACUAAGAGGCUGCCACCAAUUAAGGAAGCGAAGCCUCGUCUGCAGAAGCUCUUCAGGGACUUCUGGCUCUACUCCGUCGUCAUGGGCUUCGCUGUCGAGGGCUCAGGUCUGUGGCCGGAGGAGUGGUACGAAGGAGUUUGUGAGAUCGCCACCAAAUCUCCUCUGCUCACGUUCCCCAGUGGAGAACCUCUCCGCUCGGAGCUCCAGUACAACUCGGCUCUGAAGAAUGACACCGUGACUCCGGCCGAGCUGAACGAUCUGCGCGGGACAAUCAUCAACCUCCUGGAUCCUCCUCCUGAAGUGGCCGCUCUCAUCAACAAGCUGGACUUCGCCAUGUCCACGUAUCUGCUGUCGGUGUACAGGCUGGAGUACAUGAGGAUGCUGCAUUCUCUGGACUCGGACCGUUUCCAGGUCAUGUUUCGAUACUUUGAGGACAGAGCGAUACAGAAGGAUAAAUCUGGUAUGAUGCAGUGUGUGAUUGCUGUUAGCGACAAGGUGUUUGAGGUCUUCCUGCAAAUGAUGGCUGAAAAAGCUAAAACCAAAGCCCACGAGGAGGAGCUGGAACGUCACGCUCAGUUCCUGCUGGUCAACUUCAACCACAUCCACAAGAGGAUUCGGAGAGUGGCUGAUAAAUAUCUGUCCGGCCUGGCUGAAACGUUCCCUCAUCUGUUGUGGAGCGGCCGUGUCCUGAAGACCAUGUUGGACAUCCUCCAGACUCUGUCCCUGUCCCUCAGCGCAGACAUCCAUAAAGACCAGCCUUACUACGACAUCCCAGACACUCCGUACAGAAUCACCGUCCCAGACACAUAUGAAGCCAGAGAGAGCAUAGUGAAGGAUUUUGCUGCUCGCUGUGGAGAGAUCCUCAAAGAGGCUAUGAAGUGGGCUCCGUCUGUCACCAAGUCACACCUACAGGAGUACCUGAAUAAACAUCAGAACUGGGUGUCGGGUCUGUCCCAGCACACAGGCCUGGCCAUGGCCACUGAAAGCAUCCUGCACUUUGCCGGCUACAACAGACAGAACACGACACUCGGGUCCACUCAGCUGACCGAGAGACCAGCCUGUGUGAAGAAGGACUACUCCAACUUCAUGGCCUCCCUCAACCUCAGGAACAGAUACGCUGGAGAGGUGUCGGGUAUGGUCCACUUCGCCCAGGCCGUCCGGGGUCAGUCCGAUCUGGGCCGACUGAUGAUCAAGCAGAUGGGUGAAGCUUUGGACUCCGCUCAGCCUGAGGCCUUCACCGAGGCCAUGUUCAAACUGGCUGCGCUGCUAAUCAGCACCAAAGACUUUGACCCUCAGCUCCUGCAUCACCUCUGCUGGUCUCCUCUCAAGAUGUUUACGGAGCACGGCAUGGAAACCGCCAUCGCCUGCUGGGAGUGGCUGUUAGCAGCUCGGACAGGAGUGGAAGUACCGUUCAUGCGUGAGAUGGCGGGGGCGUGGCAGAUGACGGUGGAGCUGAAGAUGGGCUUGUUCUCGGACGCCCAGGUGGAGGCCGAUCCUCUGGCUGCUUCUGAGGAGAGUCAACCAGUCCCGUGCCCCCCAGACGUCACCCCCCACCACAUCUGGAUCGAGUUUCUGGUGCAGAGGUUUGAGAUAGCGAAGUACUCCAGCGCCGACCAGGUGGAGAUCUUCUGCAGUUUGAUGCAACGCUCUCUGUCUCUGAACGUCGGCGGAGAUAAGAGCAGCUUGAACCGUCACGUAGCUGCUAUCGGACCACGGUUCAGGCUGCUGACUCUGGGUCUGUCUCUGCUCCACUCGGACGUCGUCACCAACUCAACUGUGAGAAAUGUCCUGCGAGAGAAGAUCUACUCUACGGCCUUUGAUUACUUCAGCGUGUCUCCAAAGUUCCCCACCCAGGGGGACAAGCGUCUCCGCGAGGACAUCAGCAUCACCAUCCGUUUCUACGCCAGCAUCCUGUCCGACAAGAAGUACCUGGCAGCGUGCCACCUGGUCGCACCCGGUGAGCUUGGUACUACCCCAGCCCCGAGCACACUCUCGGCCGGGAUAUUUGGAUCGCUUAUCGUGUCCAGCACAUCUCCGAUUUCGAUCUUAAAUAAUCAGGACCCGUCCUUGAACAGCCUGUCGGUGAUGAACGCCGCCGACCUCCGGAGCAACAUGGACUCCAGCUCCCGCUCUCAGCAGAGCGGUCAGGGAUGGAUCAACACCUACCCGCUGUCCAGCGGCAUGUCCACCACCUCCAAGAAGUCAGGAACGUCCAAGAAGAGCAACAGAGGAACUCAGCUUCACAAAUAUUACAUGAAGCGCAGAACUCUGCUGUUGGCCUUACUGGCCAGCGAGAUAGAGCGUCUGACCACGUGGUACAACCCGCUGUCCACCCAGGAGCUGAGCAUCUCCACGGAGCAGUCUGUGGAGACCAGCAUCUCCAACUGGAGGUCCAAGUACAUCAGCCUGACGGAGAAACAGUGGAAGGACAACGUGAACCUGGCCUGGAGCAUCGCCCCCUACCUGGCCAUGCAGCUGCCCCCCAGGUUCAAGAACGACGCCAUCGUGGCGGAGGUGACCCGGCUGGUGAGGCUGGACCCCGGAGCGGUCAGCGACGUCCCCGAGGCCGUGAAGUUCCUCGUGACGUGGCACACGAUCGAUGCCGACUCUCCGGAGCUGAGCCACAUCUUGUGUUGGGCUCCGGCCGACCCCCCCACCGGUCUGUCCUACUUCAGCAGCAUGUACCCCCCCCACCCCCUCACCGCUCAGUACGGGGUUAAAGUGCUGCGCUCCUUUCCUCCCGACGCCAUCUUGUUCUACAUCCCUCAGAUUGUACAGGCUCUUCGUUACGAUAAGAUGGGUUACGUCCGGGAAUACAUCCUGUGGGCGGCUCAGAAGUCUCAGCUACUCGCACAUCAGUUCAUCUGGAACAUGAAGACCAACAUCUACCUGGACGAGGAGGGACACCAGAAAGACCCCGACAUCGGUGAACUGCUGGAGCAGAUGGUGGAGGAGAUCACGGGCUCCCUGUCGGGUCCGGCCAAAGACUUCUACCAGAGGGAGUUUGACUUCUUCAACAAGAUCACCAACGUGUCGGCCAUCAUCAAACCAGUUCCAAAGGGAGACGAGAGGAAAAGAGCUUGUCUGAAGGCGCUGUCAGAUAUUAAAGUUCAGCCAGGCUGCUACCUGCCCAGUAAUCCUGAAGCCAUCGUACUGGACAUCGACUACAAGUCUGGGACCCCGAUGCAGAGCGCUGCCAAGGCUCCAUAUCUGGCCAAGUUCAAGGUGAAGCGUUGCGGGGUGAGCGAGCUGGAGAGGGAGGGCCUCCGCUGCCCCUCGGACUCGCUGGAGGAGGGCGAGGAGAACCCGGACGGGUCCCGCAGGGUCUGCUGGCAGGCGGCCAUCUUUAAAGUGGGAGACGACUGCAGACAGGACAUGCUGGCUCUGCAGAUCAUUGGUCUCUUUAAGAACAUCUUCCAGCUGGUCGGUCUGGAUUUAUUCGUCUUUCCUUACAGAGUCGUGGCCACUGCCCCCGGGUGUGGAGUGAUCGAGUGCAUCCCAGACUGUAAGUCCAGGGACCAGCUGGGCCGACAGACGGACUUCGGCAUGUACGACUACUUCCGCAACCAGUACGGAGACGAGUCCACCCUGGCCUUCCAGAAGGCUCGGUAUAACUUCAUCCGCAGUAUGGCCGCCUACAGCCUCCUGCUGUUCCUGCUGCAGAUCAAAGACCGACACAACGGCAACAUCAUGCUGGACAGCAAAGGCCACCUCAUCCACAUCGAUUUCGGCUUCAUGUUCGAGAGCUCCCCCGGCGGUAACCUGGGCUGGGAGCCCGACAUCAAGCUGACGGAUGAGAUGGUGAUGAUCAUGGGCGGCAAGAUGGAGGCGACGCCCUUCAAAUGGUUCAUGGAGAUGUGUGUUCGAGGGUAUCUGGCCGUGAGACCCUACAUGGACGCUGUGGUGUCUCUGGUGACCCUCAUGCUGGACACUGGACUUCCGUGCUUCAGAGGACAAACCAUUAAACUCCUCAAAGGACGUUUUAAUCCUCAGAUGAGUGAGAAAGAAGCAGCAGCGUUCAUCAUCAAAGUCAUCCAAAGCUGUUUCCUCAGUAGCAGGAGUAAAACCUACGACAUGCUGCAGUAUUACCAGAACCAGAUUCCGUACUGAAGACCUGUUCCCAGAAUCAGAACAACAAAAAGAAACGGCGUCUUCUCUAUGGAGCACUUUAACUUUAACUCUAACUCUAAGUCCAGUUUAACUCCAGUCAGAUUUUAUAAUGCACAUCUGUGUUUUAAGGUAUUUCUCUCUGUGUGAACUUUUACCAAAAAGAGGAAUCACCCUUUAAGUAUUUCCUGGAUGCUGUUACUCGUUGAGGACGGCGGCCAUGUUUCGUCGCUAUGCUGUUACCUACUAUUAUGCACUUUAUAGGCCUCAGUGUUUCAUCCAGUCUGAUGUCGUGAUGCUGUCGUAGAACGUACUGUAGAAUAUUUUACUGUGACUCACACGUAUUUAUCACUUUCAUCACGUUUUAUCUCGUCGCUCGUCUUCGAAACUUCGAACGAGACGUUUUUAACUAAACUUUUAUCGUGAGUUCUGGUUCAGUUUCAACCUGAUGCUGGAAGAAAAGUUUAGCUUUAGACUGGAACUGGUUUUCUUUCUAUUCCUCCCUCUUUCUUCUAUUCAUUCCUCCUUUAGAUUUCUUUAUGUUUAACUUUUACUCUUUCAGCCUUUUCUUUUUCCCUUCGUUUUGUUUUCCAUUUUUUAUUCUUGUUAUAUAUUCUUUGCUUUACCUCUUUUCUUGUUUGUCUUUUCUUUUUUAUUCAUAUUUAAAUAUUUUCACCUCUUUUUUAGCUCGUUUUCUUUUAUCUAGUUCUGUUCUUAUUUCUCCACCUGUUUUUUUGGCUUCAUUCCCAUUCAGUCUUUUUUAUUCUUUCUUUCUUCUUUCUUCUCUUUUAACCUCUUUUAUAUUUUACUGCACCCCCCCCCCCCCAGUAGUUCUCCUCCUCCUGGUAUUAUAGUAUCGAUCCUGAUCAUGUGCUCGUGUCUCGUCUGAUGAAUCCAGAUGUUCAAACGUUCCUCUUCUUCCAGAUGUUGAUAGAACCUAAAAAGCCAUCGGAGACGAGAACUCAGAACAGACCUUUAUGCAAUCUAUGGAUGUCGUACCGAUACAUCGUACCGAUACAUCGUACCGAUACAUCGUACCGAUACAUCGUACCGAUACUUCGCUGUACGUCACUGAUCCUUUAUCGUAUCAGCCCGUCGUCGUUGAUUCGUCAUCAUUGUAUCAACACGAUGUCGUAUCGAUCGGUUCGUCUCAGUAUUUAACGGUGUGUGUGUGUGUGUGUGUGUGUGUGUGUGUGUGUGUGUGUGUGUGUGUGUGUGAAGGCUCGUGUGUCCAUCCUUGUGAGGACCAAUCAGAGGUUCAGUUACUAUGGCUCAGAGCGUCCUCAUAGAGACAUAAAGACAUAAAAACCACUACACCCCUGUGUGUUUGUGUUUGUGAGGACAUUGUGUCUCAUCAAGAUCAAAAAAAAACAUUAAAACGUUUCCUCAAAAUGUUGAAGUCUCCUUCGUUAUUUAUUUCGUCUUCCUGGAACCUGGGACUAGACCUGGAACCAGACCUGGAACUGGACCUGGAACUAGACCUGGAACCAGACCUGGAACCAGACCUGGAACCAGACCUGGAACUAGACCUGGAACUAGACCUGGAACCAGACCUGGAACCAGCCCUGGAACUAGACCUAGAACCAGACCUGGAACCAGACCUGGAACUAGAACAUAAAACAGGCUAAAAGAGAAGAAAGAAGAAACAUCAGUGAUAUAAAAUAUGGAAGAAGACAGAGAAACAAAGAAGUGGAAAAGAAUGAAAUAAAACAACAGGUGGAGAAAUAAGAACAGAAAAUAAGAAGCUAAAAUAUGAGGAGGCCUGUGUGUAUGUGUGUGUCUCUGUGUGUGUUUGUUUUUGUAUUAAAGCUGUUUACAGUCA